ACGCGGGGGCGCGCGACCGGAGAAUUGGUCUUCCCUUUCCCCUCUCCCAGGGGGCACUUGGGCUCGUCCUCGCCGGUCCUGGGCUGGGACGCGGGGCAAACCAUCGCGCCGGAGGGGGGCGCGCUCCCGGAGCGCCCUGUGGAGCGGAAGCCUGAGCGCCCUCCGGGCGGGCAGGGGCCCUGAAUCAUGAAAAGAACCAUUGUUCUCAGAACCGAGGCUCUGUGGACAGCAGCAGGCCUGAGCCCUGAGCCCAGUGGGGUGUGGGACCAGUACUUUUCCCUCUUCCCUCUCCAGAGUCUGAGCAGCCUCUCCAGGGCUCGCGUGGGGCCCCAUGGGGAAGAGAUACUUCUGUGAUUAUUGUGACCGCUCCUUCCAAGACAACCUCCACAAUAGGAAGAAACACCUGAAUGGGGUCCAGCACCUGAGGGCCAAGAAGGUGUGGUACGACCUCUUCCGAGAUGCCGCAGCCAUCCUGGUGGAGGAGCAGAACAAAAGGCCUUGUAGGAAGUUUCUGGAGACAGGUCAGUGUGACUUUGAUUCCAACUGUCGAUUCUCACACAUGACAUCAGGGGACCUGGAGCAGCUGGUGGCCCAGGUGCACGAGGAGAGACUGUCCAGGGAUCAAGAGACUGUGGAGGUGCCAGAGGGGAGCAUCGAAGACUGGCUGGAGAAGUGGGCCAAGCGGCGGAGCUCUGCCCAGAGCAGCAGCACGCUGUCAUCCAAACCUGUGGUCUUCCAGUACCCACCCGGGUGGCCACCCGUCCAGGACCUGCCGCCAUCCCUGCGGGCCCCACCUCCUGGGGGGUGGCCCCAGCAGCCCAGUGUCCAGUGGGGCUGAGAAGAAGGCUCCCCCGUCCCUGCCGCGGAAGCUCUUCUAGACGUCUGGGGGGGGGCCCCCCAGAUCCACCCUGUUUCCUAGAUUGCAAUAAAAGGUGCCAGCCUGGCAAGGAGAUGUG